AUGCCGCCCGUCGAGAUCGCCGCCCCACCACCAUCUCCAGCGCCGGAGAUCGUCGCGGCCCAGCUCGCGACCGCACCGCUCUGCCUGCCCCCGACGUCGUGCCCCGGCUGGAUCGCGCCGUGCCUGCACUCGCUGACCGUCGCCGAAGCAUUAAGGCUGGAGCGGACAUCAAGAAGGUGGCGCGCGUGGCUCCUGUCAGCUGACCACAUCUGGCAGCAGCUCGCGGCGUCGAGCGGCGUUUCACUACGAUGCGCGGGGCCGCUCGCCCCGUUCUUUCGCGUGGCGAGCUGGCGGCGCGUCUGUGUGGAAUUAGUGGGCGCGCUGAGUAGGGAUCUGAGGGGCGAGGACGCGUUUUUGCAGGACGCGGCGCCCGGUUGUAUAGUGGAGGUCUUCGAGACCGUCUCCCCCGACCGCGAGUACACGGUACCGGCGGCGGGCGAGGUCUUCGAGCCGUCUUCAACAUUCAGACCGUCUGAUGUAGGAGUGCCGGUGCGGCUGCGCGAUAACCAGCGCGCCUGGGCGAUCAAAUACAGGGUCUUGACACCGCGGACGCCGCGGUGGUGGCGCGCGGUGUGUGAUGUCGAUGCGGAUGAUGCGGCGGCGAGGGACUUCUGCGCGGGCCUCGCGGGCCGGCACUGGGUCGCGGAGCCCGGCGGCGUCUUCACUUUCUGCGCGUCCCGCACUGUGAUGAGCCGUGUGGAAAUCAACUGGUCGCGUCGAUGGCGUAGGACCUUGUUCACGCAGGCGACGCCGACGCACUACCGCUACGCGGCGAAGGAGUGGCGCUGGUCCCCGGACCGGCUCAACUGGACGCCCGUCACCGAAUUCCUGUCGGGCGGCGUGCGGUGGCGCGCGCGCACGCUCGCCGAGGGCGACCGCCAGAUCUGCCGCUUCCUCGCGCGGCGGGCGCCGGCGCCGGACGCGUGGCGCCUCGCGCCGACGUCGUGCUCCUUGGCUUAUAACGCGCCGCCGCAGCGGCGGCGCGACGACGACCGCGGCGCCCGCAGCGCGCACCGGUCGAUCCGGCCGGACGCGCACGGCGGCGUGCUCGCCUUGGCGGACACGCGCGUGCAGGUCAUCCACGCCUCCUUCGCGGCGCCGCGGCGCAUCCUCCACGCGGAGCCGCACGUCGUCCAGGGCCACCCGGGCGGGUGGCUAUGGGAAGAAGAUGGGUCGUGGAGCGUCGGCCUCGGGUCCGCGGCGGACAUCGUCGACGACGACUAAAGGAAUCUUUAUGAAAGA